AUGUCUGAGAUCCUGACCAACCCUACUGCCGCGGGACCCUUCGCCUGCGCAGAUCCCAAAGACACCCUUCUGGCCGAUCCAGUGGACGUGACCAAUGCCUUCUGCGACGAACUUCUUCGCAGUUCGCAGCUGGCGGCUACCGUCCCCUCAGACGGAGUCGCCCCCUCGCUGGCUCUCCCGGACGAUCAACUUUCAACUCUGAAUAAACAAUUGCCCGCUAGCAUCCAAUCGAUCCUGUUCUCCUACGACGGACCCCCAUCCACACAGUAUGACGCGCUGUCGCCUCCUACAACGGAGCGUCAUAUCUCGCCGUCGUCCCUGCAACUCAGCCCAACAUCGGACGACCUCGAAGGAACGGUCAAGCCCCGGUCCCCGAGCUCCGAGGACAAGAAAACGCGAGCCUCUCCACCCGGCCGCAAGCCAGGCCGUCGUGCGUCGAAAGUCCGAGACGAGCAACGCGAGAAAUUCCUGGAGAAGAACCGCAUUGCCGCCAACAAGCAUCGCAAGAGAAAGAAGGAGUUCAUCCAGGGCUUGGAGUCCCGGUAUGGGGAGCAGCUGAACCGGAAGGACCAGCUGAAAGCCGAGGUGUCCGCACUCCGCGCGCAAGCGUUGGAUCUGCAGGAAAGCCUGUUCAACCAUGCGCAAUGCGACAAUCAACCGAUACAAAACUACCUCAACAACCGGAUCGGUUGCAUGUAUGCACGUCAGCCGAUCAAUGGUGGCAAUGCCUUGCCUAAUUCCUAUCUUCUUUGA